AUGUCAACACAAGAAUCCAUUUUCCAGACAGUACCACCUCUCCUGUCCUCGUCACCCAGAGAUGGCGCUAAACUGCCCCCCUCAGCUUCGUUCACUCUCCAGAUGGGGCACCCUCCUCCUCCACCUCCACCUCCACCUCUACCUCCACCACCUCCUCCACCUCCUCCAUCUUUCACUGCCCCUCAACCUUUCGGUUCUCUGAACUUGCGCAAGUCUAUGAAAAAGCUCAACUGGGACACUAUUCCGAGUCAGCGUGUCCUAGGAAAGAAAAAUGUCUGGACGUCGAAUAAGUCUGAGCGGGAGCUGAGACUGGACAUAGAGAGCAUGGAGGAGCUGUUCAGUCAAGUGGACAUGCGAGCGUCCUGUCGCAGAGCGCACACGACCUUUGAUAUUGAUGUGGUGAAGGAGCCACAGGUCACUAUUCUUGACUCUAAAAGAAGCAUGAAUGUGGGAAUUUUCCUGAGACAUUUCAAGAGGCCAGCAACAGAGAUUGUCCAAGACAUUUGUCAGGGAAACUGGCUCAGGUUUGGAUCGGGAAAACUGAAAGAGCUCUGCAAACUGCUCCCAGAGGACACUGAGUUAAAGCAGUUGCAGUUGUUCUCUGGAAACGUGGCACAGUUACCAGAGGCAGACCAGUUCAUGGUGCAGCUGGUCAAAGUGCCAGGAUAUGUGCAACGUCUGAAGUCUAUGAUGCUGAGGGAGGAGUUUUUUCCACUGAUGGAGGAGGUGAAGAACAGUCUCACUGUGCUCACUAAUGCAGCCAAUGAGCUGAUGGACUGUGAUGACCUACACUCCGUGAUCAGGCUGGUCCUGAAGGCGGGAAAUUACAUGAACGCGGGAGGAUUCAGCGCAAAUGCCAUCGGCUUCAGGAUGACUUCUUUACUGAAAUUGGCCGACACUAAAGCAAACAAACCAGGAAUGAACCUCAUGCACUAUGUAGCAAAGCAAGCAGAAAUCAUUGAUCGUGAUCUGCUGACAUUCCCUGUUCAACUUGAACACCUUAAAAUGGCUGCAAGAAUGUGCAAAGAGGAGGUGGUGGCAGAGUUUGAACGAGAAGUCAAAAAGAUCAAAGAAGUGAAACUUUAUGCCAGCAGACAGCCGGACCUCUUUGAGCAGGAAAACCGUGCACGAGAAGCAGCUGAGGAGCGGCGCAAAACUCAGGAGAGCAUGCGACAGUCAAUCAGACGCCGUCCCACCUCAUCCUGUCCCCAAACCAUCCUGAACCACGAACCCGACCCCUCGGGCCUGGAGUCUGUGCUGCAAACCUUCCUCUCCAACGUCCCGGGAAGUGUCUCCAGACCCAAGAGGAGCCUCCACCCCAGAUCGGCUUCUCGCUCCCAGUCCGUCAAAGCAAAGUCCAGUCCUCAAACCUCACUCAAGGACAAGCAAAGCCUGCUGAGCGAGGGAAGCAACUGUAAGACCUGUAAGAACAACGAGAACACGCGCGAGACCAAGCGUAAAGUGUUGCAACGUCAGAACGGCAUGCACAGUCUGGACGAAGCGGCCGGUACUCCAAGGCGGACAAAGGAACACUCUUGCGCUCCCAAGACUCCUAAGAACAACGAAUACUUUCACGACAACCGUGAAAGUGGGGGCUCGCCUUGGACAAUACUGAGCCCCAUGAAAAAUCCCCCACGGAACACUGCAGAUCCAAAGAAACAGAUCUCGCACGACCCUGACGAUUGUAUUUGGGAGAGUGUUGAAGUGACCCUAGUCCCUGAUUCUACUUUUGAGGAAAGCCUGACCGCGUCAAUUUCCAGCACCCCUGUGAAUAUAAAAUCAAUUUCUCAUGGGCCACUUCACCGAUCUGUGUCUGUGGACGAGGCGAGGAAGUCUGCGUUUUGGUUCGGGGACUUCUUCCAGAAAAGUUUCUCGCAAAGAUCCUACUCGUCCGGAUCGAGGAGCGACGCGCUGAAAGACGAGGGAGCCGGUAAAGCGACCAGGCCCUUUGAGAACCAGGCCAUUAAAUCUUUUUUCAAACGAAUCGGCAGUCGAAACAACAAACUUGGAGAAACUGAAGAACCAAGUAUUGUAAAAUCAUGUUGUUGA